AUAUCAACUCUUUAUUUUCACUGAACUUCAGAACCAAAUGCCAGAGGUCUUUCCAGCACAUUAUUUAUCCGGUGAAAAUUUCAAAGCACUCUAACCUUUCUAGCUUAUAACACAACAAAAGGAAAACAACAUCAACAACAUGAAACCGAAACCAAAAAAGGCCAAGCUAUGACCUCCCCGAAAGACCCUGUAAGUCAUCACUUUAUUUUUCAUCGCCCAUCAAAGAUCACACCUCCUAACUCCCAACCCUAAAAUUCACAAGCUGCACAUUCACAAAAGAACCCGUUGCAGAUAAAAUAAAGAGUGUAUUCCCCCCAAACAAGUAAAAAGUACCAUGCAUACAAUGCGUUACUUAUUAUCAGUAAUAUUAUCACGAAAUGAGUUGCAUUUAAACUUGUGUCAGAAGUAGGAAAAUUGAAAACAAUUCUUCACACACCACACUGAACACACACCACACUGAACACACACCACACUGAACACACACCACACUGAACACACACCACACUGCAGUUCCCUCCACCCAGUAGGGAAACAAGAACGGCUAUAAACCGGUGAGUAAGACACAAGGCAAAGACAGCAGCGUUUUUCAUUUCAUCAGAGACUGUGGGCCAGGUCCGAAACCAAGGUAAAAUACUGCAGUGGAGUAAAAUAUCCACGCCAUGUCGGGUAGCAGUUCUUUCGAUAGAUAAACUGUUUUUUUUUAUCAAGAGGUUUCGUUUUGGGGGCAGUGUGGCACAUGUCAGUUUCUGCUGAACUUGCUUCCUGAUUAUUCUUUUUUGUUCCGCUGAAACCUUGACACCAGUAGCGUCGUAAAACAUUAUCGAGUCAAGCGAAAUGCAAUGUUCACAUUUUGCUGACUUUUGCUAUUAGCCUUAAAGUAAUGAUGUAGCAAUGCUAUUGGAGGACUCUGUGUGCAUAUGAAAAGUAUGCCAAGGAUAUCUUACAUAAGCCUGAAGAGUUUAUUUAUUCGGCGAAGCACUUUCGGGUUUCCUUAUUGCGUUGCAAUAAUGUUGGCUGGUUUUCUGCGCUGACAAAACCAAGAAAGGGUUUCUCUUUAACACUCCUCAAGAGUCAAAUGUUUUCAGGUUGAUUUUCAGGACUCUCUGUUAAAUAGCAGAUAUUAAAGUGAGGCAGCGCAUACUGUACAGGCGAAGGCCCUAGCUGUGUGUGUGUGUGUGUGUGUGUGUGUGUGUGUGUAUGUAUAUAUAUAUAUAUAUAAAAUCUUCACAGGUUUUUCCAGAAACAGAUUACAGUAUGACUCAGACCACUGGAAAUAAGUUCAAUGACCUGCUGAUUAUAGGCUAUGAUGACUGGUCUUAUGAAGAAUUGGCAGAUGAGGAAUCAAGUAUAGCAGAUCAAGUCAAGCAAUUGGUUCAUCAAUUCAAAUCCUUAUACAAGACUUCCUUUCAGACCUUUCAGAAGAAUAUAAAUGAACUGAAGGGAAUUGCUGACAGCCUGGAGGGUACACACUGGCGGACAACUGUCGGCAGCUUGACAGGGGGUGUGGUGGGGGCAGCUGGAGGUAUUACCUCUAUUGCUGGACUUGCCUUGGCCCCCUUUACCCUGGGUGCCUCUCUGAUUGUGACAGGGCUGGGAAUUGGGGUAGCUGUUGCUGGGGGGAUCACUGGAGCAACCUCCAACAUCACCAAAAUGGUGAAGUAUGCAGCAGAUCGCAAGAACAUGGAGAAAAUCCUGAAGGACUAUGGAGAGCUGAUGCAACCUAUUAUCAUACGUCUUCAGGAGCUCAGUGAAAAGCUGAACAUAUUGCAACAGCUGAGUACUCUCAGAGAGAAAUACCAGGAAAACUUCAGCAGAGUAGAUCUGAUCCUGCAAGCUGGGUACAGAACAGGAAGGAGUCUUACGGGUAUCCCAGAGCUCGUCCGUCUGAUCCAAAUGGCCAACAUUGGUAAGGUGGCCGCACAGGCAACCAGGGCUGUGCGUGUGGCAGAAGCCUUCACUGGGGUUCUCACUGGCUUCUUCCUUGCUCUUGACAUCUAUUUCAUUGUUCAAGAUGCCAAGGAGAUCCACAACAUUACACAAAAUAACACUGACACAACAACACAAUCUGAUACAGUUAAAUUCAUAGCAGAGAUCCGGAAAACAGCCACAGAGCUAGAGAAGGGCCUGGAUGAGCUGACAAAAGUAAUGAAUGAACUCAAUGAAUUUUCCCCUUUUCCCACUUCCUAAAUUCCUGAUUCGGUAUAAAUUUUGUUUAAUAAAAUU